UAGUUGAACACUACUAAUUAAACACGAAUUGUCUCCCUCUCUCUCUCCCUAGUACAGUCCCUCUUCUCUGUCAAUUCUUCCCAUCCUAAAUGGAGCCGUGACACUCAACUCUCAAUUGAACCCUACCAUGUCCUCCUCCUCCUCCUCCGCCACCACCACCCUCCCGGUGUUGGCGUUCCUCCUUCUCAGCACCGCCAUCAGCGCCGCACCGAUCAUCGGUCUAGACUCAUUCCUUACCCACCAAUCCCGAAUCGAUCCUCAGGCCUCGAACGACUCCUUCCUCUCCCUCCCUUCCUCCAUCAAAACCCCCCUCUCCCACUCUCUCGACUUCUCCUCCAAUUCCCUCCUCUCCCUCUCUCUCCCAAUCUCCCUCUCCCUCCACCUCCUCGGCGACUUCCCCUCCGACACCCCCUCCCUCCUCUCCGCCUUCCUCUCCGCCGCCACCACCACCACCACCCACUUCCACGUCAUCACCCCCUUCGACUCCCACCCUCUCUCCCACACCCUCUCUCUCUCCCACACUCUCCAUCUUCUCGUCACCCCCUCCCAAACCCUAACCUCACUUACCAAUUCUCUCUCCCAAACCCUAACCUCACACCUCCACUCCACACCCUCCUCCCUCCGCUCCCCUCUCCUCACCAUCCCUCACUCCUCUAUUGACCAAAUCAUCCAAAACCACUUCAUCACACAAAACCCUAACCCUAACCCUAACCAAGUCCAUCUCUACCUCCUCAACCUCCCUCCCGCUUCCUCUUCCAAUUCCAAAGCCUAUGCUUACUCAUACUCCCCCGGCGAUUCUUCCGCUGCUGUGACGAAAUGCUCCGGCACUUUCUUCACCUCCUCCCACCGCUACUUCUGGAUCGACCUCCGCGCCGGCCCCGUCGACUACGGCCCCGCGAUCUCCGGCGACGGAGUCAUCCCCCGCGGCGAGUUCCACCCUCUCGCCGCGCUCCACGGCCGUCCGAAGUCCAACAAGGCCUUCGCCGCCGACCUCGCCUCCCUCGUCUGGAGCGCCUACCACGUCUUCCUCGCCCCCUCCCUCCGGAUCUCCGUGCCCUUCGAGAAAUCGCUCGUGAUUCAGUUCAUUCAUAUCCAUGGCGGGAAUGAUAACAAGGAUUUGGCCGGUUUAGAUUGGAAAUCGAUCGAGAAGAGCUUCAGGUUCGAGAGUAAGAGCAGUGGAUUGCUUUUAGGGGAUCAGAGUUUGAGCUUUAGGCAGCACGAGAUUAGGUAUUCCGAGUGUUCAAUUUGCUCGUUCGCAAUCUCGCGGUCGAUUAAUUCGUAUACCUCUAGGUUUUUGUUUGAUAAUUAUACUUUGAUUGUGAGUGAGUAUUUGGAUUCGAAGCGAUUGCACCAGAUUUUGUCUGAUUCUGGCGAUGAGUUGAGGAAGCUGGCUGGUGUGCUGGAGGAGGACUUUGGCAGGGUUGUUCCUGUGUAUGUUUUUGACUUGGAUUACACUUCGUUGUUGUUGCUUGAUCGGUAUCAUCAGUCGGUCGCCUUUAAGGACAUGGUGAUUGCUGUUAGGACGAGGAACACGCAGACCGUGAGUGAUUAUAGUUGUAAUGGUAGGCAUGUGUUCACACAGACGAGGGAGCUUGAGCGUCCUAUUGUAGGGUCGAUUCUUCAGAGUAUGUGGGGGGUGUCGCCGACUCAUUUGAAUUGGAGCCCCCAGCACAAUGAGACUUUGGUGGAUUAUACGUGGAGUAUGGGGCAGACACCCUUUGGGCCGUUUUCUGAGAUGUUGAGUUUGUCCUUUGUGCAGAAGGAUGCUGCCAGGAGGAAUGUUCUGUUGACAUCGCUGAAUUACAGCAUAACGAGUGCUAUAGAUGUUCUUCAGAGUGUUGAGACGCAUGGCGGGGCUAAGAAUCUGCUCAAGCAGAAGCAGCAUGUGGAGUUUGUGCAGAGAUGGAACCUUUUUAAGUACAAGCUGAACAAAGCCAUGUCUGCGUUGUCUCACUUGGAUUUUGAGAUGGCUCUGUUUUACUUGCGGUCUUCUGAUCAUGAUCUGUAUGCCAUUCACUCCAUUGUUUAUCAUGCCUCGCAGGAAAUAGAGGCGUCCCUUGUGUGCUUUAGGGACCCUCCGUUUCCCUGGGGUUCGGUCUUGCUUUCUGCAUCGGCUUUCCUUUCUGUCUCUUAUAUUUAUGCAAGACGGGACAAACUUUUCAGAAACAAAAGGAAACAAUUUUGAUGCUUUCACUAGAGGACAGGACAGAAGUUUGUAUGAUUUUAAGAAAACGCAAAACAAAACAUGUAUCAUUCUACAAGAGAGGUAUGCUUAUGGUGCCAUGGUGAAUUAAGUAUUUAGAUUGCUUGAACUAUUUACUUGAGUUCAACUGUAUACAUUUUCCUACUUUUUUCAUGCUCUGUGAUUAGUUUUGUUUUCUUGAGUUUA